AUGCCGCCGAGAAUAAGUAGCUCCUCAGCCGCGCUGGCGGCUGACCUGGCCUUACCACACCAAGCCAUGUCAGCUGCACCGUUUGCAAGAUCAUUUUCCUCGACACAAUACCGCGAAAAGAUGAGCCGGGCUCGUCAACAAAUGUACCAAUGGCUGAAAUCGAGAGAUGGUCAAGAGUUAGCCGCUGGUAAAGGUCCUCGAUACCUGGGCCCGUUCCAGGACCAACCUUUUCCUCAGAACCCCUUGUUCCGCAGUCAACCUGUUUUGGAUGAGCACACAAGGGAGCUCAUUUGGGAAAAGGUUACGCAGCGAGGCGAAUCUCUCAAGGCUGUCUCGGCUGAGAUUGGCGUUGAUGUGAGACGGGUUGCGGCUGUGGUGAGGCUCAAGGAGGUGGAGAGGCAAUGGGUGAAAGAUGGCAACAAGCUGGCCACACCAUACGCCAAGGCAGUCAUGAGGAUGCUGCCGAAAACGUCAUACCGCGAGGGCGAGAAGAACGAACCCCACGAGGCAGUCAACGAGGUCCACGUUCACACAUUGACCAUGCAACAAUUAUUUGUACCCGUAUCCGAGUCGAGGCAGUUCACACGUGAAGAUGCCGCCAAGGCUUUCCACGAGACAAUGCUCUCGGCAGACACUCGUUCUCCCCAACCACAACUCAUCAAGAUGGAGCGCGAUAUUCUCAAAGGCAUGAAGAGAGAAGACGGCAAGAAGAAGUUUGAGGAGGCUGUGCAAAAGGAGGAAGAGGUGGUGGCUAGGAAACUGGCAGAGGAGAGGGCCAAGGAGGAGCAGAUGACGACGCGGGUCAAGACGGACAGAUACGAGUUCCGAAUCAAGGAAGUUGCUGUGGACGAUGCCGGUCGGAAUGGAAGAUCACGGAAGGGCACGGGAUGGCGAUACGGCGCUCCAUUUGACGACCGCAAGCGCGGCGUGGUCAAGAUUCCCACGUCGGUUCCGUAA